AUGGAUCAACAACAAGGCGGCCAGUCCGGGGCCCCAGGCCCCAAUGGCCGCAAGUUCCACAUCGCUCAUCGGAGAAGUCCCUCUGAGCUGACCCCUUUGAUGAUGGAACAAUUAGCUAUUCAGCAACAGAUCGAACUGCUUCAGCAGCAGCAGCAGCAAAUUGCUGCUACACACCAGCAAUAUGUCAAUAUGGGCUUGCUCCAGCCCCAGCAGCUCGGUGGUUACUCUGGUGGUAACAACAUGGGCGGCGUGUCCCCCCAGGUGAACGCUUUCCAGUUCCCCCAGCAGCAGCAGCAAGGCCAGCAGCAGCAGCAACUUGGUGUUCCGAACCAACAUUCACACCGCCGCAACCAGUCUGCCCUUCCAGGCUUUGUGAUGGGUCCGCCCCCGGCCCCGUCGUCUGGUGCAUCCGGAUAUUCGGAGUUCAACCAACAGGGGCAGAACAACCAGCAGGCUCAGAACAACCAAAAGAACGAGAAUACUGGUCACAGUGGUCGUGGUCGUGGUGGGCCGCCCGGCGGUGGUCACCAGCGUCGCCACUCCCUUGCCCUUCCUGAGGCUAAGAAGGCCGCUGAGCUGGCACAGCAGAAGCGAGCUGCCUCCGGUUUCCAGUUUCCGACUCCUGCCCCUGGGGCUGGUGGUUCGGAGAACCCGUCGGCAUCAGAUGAUAAGCCGCCGUCGAGCACUUCACCGGGUCCCCAAGGGCAAGGACUGGGCCUGCAGCGGGCCGGCAACAUGCGCGCUGGUGGUGGUCAUGGCCGCAGCCAGUCCAUGGCUAUUGGCGGUAACAACCGAGGUUCCUUGUCUGGCCGCGGUGCCGGUGGCUUCCAAUUCCCGGCGCCCAGCGAGGGCGCUGGCCAACCCGAUAAUCAGCGUCGUGCUAGCCAGCCAGGAGGCCAUGCCCGGUCGGGGUCUCGAAACUUUGACAGCAACUGGCGCCAGCCAAACAACCAGAACCAGGGCCAGGAUCAACAGAAGCCUUAUGGACAGCAGCAGGGUGGUUUCCAGCCCGGCCACCGUUCUCGUGGCUCGAUGAACCAGUCGAUGGGCUCUAUUGGCCAGUUCCAGUAUCCCGGUCAGCCCCAGCUCAUUCAGCUGCCUCAGGGCCAGGUCAUGAUGGCGCCGCCCCAGAUGUUUGGUGGACAGCAGCUUAACCCGUUGCAACUGGCCCAACUUCAGGCUCUGCAGCAGCAGAACGGUGGACAGGGUCUUGGUCUUCAGGCGAGCCAGCACGCUCCGCCGCAGCUGUCGGCUCAACAGCAGCAACAGCAACAGCAGCAGCAGAGGAAGACGCUUUUCACUCCCUACUUGCCCCAAGCGAACCUGCCUGCUCUGUUGAGCAAUGGCCAGCUGGUUGCUGGUAUCCUUCGUGUUAACAAGAAGAACCGCUCUGACGCCUACGUCACCACUACGGACCUGGAUGCCGACAUCUUUAUUUGCGGUAGCAAGGACCGAAACCGUGCCCUUGAGGGCGACUAUGUUGCCAUCGAGCUCUUGGACGUUGACGAGGUGUGGUCCCAGAAGAGAGAGAAGGAGGAAAAGAAGAAGCGCAAGGAUAUCACCGACGCGCGUUCCGGUAGCACCGCCGGCAAUGACAAGCUUGGCCGGUCUGAUUCGAAUGGCGACAGGCAAGAAGUUGGCCCGGAUGGAAGCAUCCGUCGCCGUGGCAGUCUUCGCCAGCGUCCCACGCAGAAGAAGAACGAUGAUGUCGAAGUCGAGGGUCAGAGCCUUCUGCUUGUUGAAGAAGAUGAAAUCAGUGAUGAGCAGAAGCCCUUGUAUGCAGGACAUGUCGUUGCAGUCAUUGAACGCAUUGCGGGCCAGAUGUUCUCGGGAACCCUGGGUCUCCUUCGGCCCAGUAGCCAGGCCACCAAGGAGAAACAGGAGGCCGAACGACAGGCCAGAGAUGGCGCCCAUGGUCGUUUCCAUAAUGACCGUCAGCAGGACAAGCCCAAGAUAGUUUGGUUCAAGCCUACUGAUAAGCGUGUGCCCUUGAUCGCCAUCCCCACUGAGCAGGCGCCGCGCGACUUCGUUGAAAAGCAUCAGGACUACGCCAAUCGCAUCUUCGUUGCGUCUAUCAAGCGAUGGCCCAUCACUUCGCUGCACCCCUUCGGCACACUUGUCGAGCAGCUGGGAGAGAUGGGUGACCUUCGCGUCGAGACCGAUGCUCUGCUCCGUGACAACAACUUCGGUUCAGAUGAGUUCUCCGAUGCCGUUCUGAAGAGCAUCGGCUUUGAAGACUGGGCGGUCUCAAGCGAUGAAGCAACGCUGGCAUCGCGCCGUGACUUCCGUGAAGAGACCAUCUUCUCGAUCGAUCCUGUUGACACCAAGUCACUGGAAGACGCCUUCCACAUCAAGAAACUUGCUGAUGGCAAGGUUGAGAUCGGCGUGCACGUGGCUGACAUCGCCCACUUCGUCAAGGGCAACUCCUUGGUGGAUCGUGAGGCUAAGAAGCGAGGCACUGCUGUCUAUCUUGUUGAUCGUGUCAUGAACAUGCUGCCCGCACGCGUCUCCAACGAGCUUUGUUCCCUUCUGCCAGGCCAGGACCGUCUGACAGUUAGCGUGGUGUUCCAGGCGAACCCGGAGACCGGAGCUGUCGAUGAUGAUGUCUGGAUCGGUAAGGGUGUCAUCAAGAGCACGGGCCGGCUGAGUUACGACGAUGUCAACUCGGUUGUGAAGGACAAUUCGGAUGUUGGCGUGCCUGGCAUCACAGCUGAGCAGGUUCGCUCUUUGAACGAUAUUGCUAAUAAAUUCCGGGAGGCUCGUCUCGGUAACCGCGUGACUCCUGUCCCGCCCUUGCGGUUGCUUCAGCAGCUUGACGAUGAGAAUGUGCCUGUUGAAUUCAAUAUUUUUGAUUCCACACCCGCCCAUGAGCUUGUUGAGGAACUUAGUCACCAGGCCAACUUCUUUGUUGCCCGCAAGCUGGUCAGCGGACUGCCGGAGAAGGCAUUCUUGCGCCGUCAGCCAUCACCUAACCCUCGUCGUCUCGCCUUGUUUGAGGAGCGGAUGAAUCGCCUAGGCUUUGAAAUCGACCCAUCGAGCAGUGGCAGCCUGCAGAGCACUUUGUGCAAAGUGCAGGAUGUAGACCUGCGCAAGGGUAUGGAAACCCUACUUUCAAAGGCCAUGCAACGUGCCAAGUACUACGUUGGAGGUACUAUCGGGGAUGAGCACCGCCACCACUACACGCUGAACGUGCCGGUGUAUACCCAUUUCACCAACCCCUCUCGGCGCUACGCCGACAUCCUGGUGCACCGUCAGCUCGAGUCGAUUCUAUCGGAUGGUGCAGUGGAAUUCACCGACGACGUGGAGUCCUUGAACAAGAUAGCCGAUCUUUCCAACACGAAAAAAGACUCGGCUCACAAUGCGCAGGAGCAGAGUGUCCACAUCGAAGCCUGCCGCAAUAUGGACCGCGACAGCCGCACGAUUGGAGGCGACCUUAUCGCUGAGGGUAUUGUUCUCUGCGUUUACGAGUCUGCCUUUGAUGUCCUCAUUCCGGAGUACGGCUUUGAGAAACGCGUGCACUGCGACCAGCUUCCCUUGAAGAAAGCAGAGUACCGUAAGGAGACUCGUGUGCUUGAGCUCUACUGGGAGAAGGGCGUCCCCUCAUCCGCGUACAUUCCAGAGGAUGAGCGCCCGAAGAAUACCAGCUCCCGCGCUGCCCAGGCCGCGGCCGCGGCUCGUGAAGCAGAGGCCGCUCAGGAGCGUGCUCGCGAGAGGGAUGAGGCCAUGCGGAAGCAGACCGAGACUGGAACCAUGUCUGCCGAUGAUGUCGACGCCCUCUUCGACGAUGAUGACGAGGUGGAGGAGGUCACUGAGGCGGCUGCCGGUGUGUCGCUGAACUCGGGGGACCGUUCUACCCAGAGCAUGCCGCCAUCGCCCACUCGCAACGGCCACCAACAGCAAGGACCGCACCGCACCCGAUCCGACCCCAAGAUUGCUUCGAACGCCUCCGAUGCCCCGGAGAAGAGGCUGAGGAACAAGGAGAAGCACCUGAAGCACUUCAAGCUUCGCGAGGAGGACGGAGAGUUCAUCCAGGACGUCACUGAGAUGACCCGUGUCCCCAUCAUUCUCAAGACCGACUUGAGCAAGAGUCCCCCAUGCCUUACGGUCCGGUCGGUCAACCCCUAUGCCCUGUAG